GCGGGGGCGCGCAGCGCUGGUACAUUAGUCGCUGCUGCUGGGAACCGUAGAGUGUUUCCAUCCUGAGGCCGGCUCGCAGAGCUCGGGUCCUGGAGGCUCCCGGCUCCCGGCUCCGGGACACUGACUCCGGCCGUCGUCGUCGCGGGCUCCGAGCGGCUGAGGUCACCAUGAGUCUGGGGUUCCGCCGGGCCGUCUCCGGGCAGGGGGCGGCGGUCGCCGUGCAAUUGCUGGUCACCCUGAGCUUCCUCCCAAGUCUUGUCAAGACCCAGGUGACUGGAGUUCUGGAUGAUUGCUUGUGUGACAUUGACAGCAUUGAUAACUUCAACAACUACAAAAUCUUCCCCAAAUUAAAAAAGUUACAAGAAAGAGACUAUUUUCGUUAUUACAAGGUUAAUCUGAAGCGACCAUGUCCUUUUUGGGCAGAAGAUGGCCACUGCUCAAUAAAAGACUGCCAUGUGGAGCCCUGUCCAGAGAGUAAAAUUCCAGUUGGAAUUAAAGCUGGGCAUUCAAAUAAGUACUUGCAAGCAGCAAACAAUACCAAAGAAUUGGAAGACUGUGAGCAGGCUAACAAGCUGGGCGCCAUCAAUAGUACAUUAAGUAAUGAAAGCAAAGAAGCAUUCAUUGACUGGGCAAGAUAUGAUGACUCACAGGAUCACUUUUGUGAACUUGAUGAUGAACGCUCUCCUGCUGCGCAGUAUGUGGACCUGUUGCUGAACCCAGAGCGGUACACUGGCUACAAGGGCUCCUCGGCAUGGAGGGUGUGGAACAGCAUCUAUGAAGAAAACUGCUUCAAGCCACGAUCUGUGUAUCGUCCUUUAAAUCCUCUGGCACCCAGCCGAGGGGAAGAUGAUGGAGAAUCAUUCUAUACAUGGCUAGAAGGUUUGUGUCUUGAGAAAAGAGUCUUCUAUAAGCUUAUAUCAGGACUUCAUGCCAGCAUCAAUUUACAUCUGUGUGCAAAUUAUCUUCUGGAAGAAACCUGGGGUAAACCUAGUUGGGGACCUAACAUCAAAGAAUUUAAACGCCGUUUUGACCCUGUGGAAACAAAGGGGGAGGGUCCAAGAAGACUGAAGAAUCUAUACUUUUUAUACUUGAUUGAGCUUCGUGCUUUGUCAAAGGUGGCCCCUUAUUUUGAGCGCUCAAUUGUUGAUCUUUACACUGGCAACUUGGAAGAAGAUGCCGAUACCAAGACCCUGCUGCUCAGCAUCUUCCAGGACACAAAGUCCUUUCCCAUGCACUUUGAUGAGAAAUCCAUGUUUGCAGGUGACAAAAAGGGGGCCAAGUCAUUAAAGGAGGAAUUCCGGUUACAUUUCAAGAACAUCUCCCGAAUCAUGGACUGUGUUGGAUGUGAUAAAUGCAGAUUGUGGGGAAAAUUGCAGACUCAGGGUUUAGGAACUGCCUUGAAGAUACUAUUCUCUGAAAAAGAAAUCCAGAAGCUUCCAGAGAACAGUCCAUCUAAAGGCUUCCAGCUUACUCGGCAGGAAAUAGUUGCUCUUUUAAAUGCUUUUGGAAGACUUUCUACAAGCAUAAAAGAAUUACAGAACUUUAAAGCGUUAUUGCAGCACAAGAGGUAAUGAAGACUUUUCUAUGUCUCCAUAGACAUAAUGGACUGUGUGAAGCCUUUUAGCCUUGGACAUUGAGCAGAGAGACAAAGUGUCUAAGACUUCAAGAAUUUUGAACUCUUAAAGAGAAAAUUCAAAUGUUCACUUGAAUAUUUAUGAUCCUUAAUAGAAUGUCAAUUAGAGAUAUUUAUAAAUGAAGUAUAUACUUUAAAAUUGUAAAUUAUACUAAUCCCAUGUUUGUUUCACAUUGGUUUUGUUUGUAUUGUAUUACCCUUCAUUCCUAGUUUGUCAAACUUUAAAUGACUGUGUCUAUCCUGAGAAGACUAUUCAUUCUGUUAUAGAAAAAGAACUAGGGAACCAGUGCUACCUAGGGCUGGUCUCGGUGACAGAAAUUUGUCAAUGCUGUAGUUAGUGUUUCAGCCUUGCCUAACACUGUGUGUCAUCUUCUGUAAGGCAGGGCUGUCACUAUAAUGAAUAGGCCUUUCAGUGACUAGUGAGAGAGGUUCUGGAUGACUUCCCAGGACUUCAAACAUUUUAAGAUGUUUAGUUGCCGUUGCUGCUUUGGUUUUGGCCUAAAAGGACCUGCCUUGGUGAAGGUGGGUAAGUGUCCACCCAUGCUCACUUGGCCAGAUGUCCUGUGUACACCAGGCUGGCUCAAGAGUGGAGUGUCCUUUACCUAAAGCCUACAACUCCUUCUUCUGACUUCUCUCUUUGUUCCUCUCCUAGUUAUAAAUAUUUUCAGUUAUUUUGUGAAAAGCCCUAUUUAUUUAAUGGAUUGUUUAUUCAAAAAUUUGAAUGGGAUUCUAUGGGUUUAUAAUGCUAAUUGCAUUAUACACAAAUUUUGCUGUUUUAAAGUAAGCAUUUUCAAUAUUUGAUUUUGAACACAAUCUAUGCAAUCCUCUACCUCUUUGUGUGAUUCUAUCUGGUGAGAUGCUUCGGCAGGAGUGUCACCACCCCCACUCCAUUUUCAAUUCAUCCCAGAUCAGCUGUCCUUGGUGUGACUUGAGACAGUGGAGGACUUGAAGGCCCUGACUGUCAUUUUCUAAACCUGGGAUUUAAAGUCUUUAAAUAUUUUAAAUCUUUUAAAGGUGGCAGUGGAUAAUGGGAUUACUUGAAAGGUUUUUAUCUGUGUGGAAGUAAUGUGAGUCCAAAGUUUUGAUUCUCCUUAGAUUCCGUCUUUCUGAAGUAAACAGUAAGUGCUCUUAAACCCACAUCUUAUCUGCCAAAGUCUGAACUAUGUUCCUUGUACUUCAUGGUGUGUGCCAGAUUACUGAGUUGGUUCAUUGUGCUCUCUCAAUACUUCGUCAUCUACUGUGGAGGUGUGAUGGGGGACUGAGGCCUCACUAGUUUGUUCCCCUCCUAAUUUCUAACCUUUAUAAACUUAAUGUUUUGUUGCUAGGUGAAUUUUAUAGGUUGAUUAUUUUUUAGGCAGGGUUUCAGUUUUCCUUUUUCUUUGCUUUUUAUUUUUAAAGAGUUGCAAGUGUUACCAUGUGACAGGAGUGGACCACUGUAAGCAAAAAGUCUACAAAGUGAAUGCAGUGACUUUGCUAGUACAUCAGUAAGAAGUGUUCUGUAGUGUCCCUUUAGAAUGUAAGGAAAUGUGAAAAUUUUGCACUUUGUCUAUUUUUAUUUUAAAUGCAGAGGUCAUUUUGGUAAUGUCACUUACCAUUACUACAGUUAAAUGCUAUUGUUUUAAACUACUUGCUUAAGGGAAAAAAAAAUCUUCAUUUCCACUUGCUGACUUUUUCUUAACUGUGAUUUGUUUCAAGUUUAGGACACACAGUAGUAUUAGAGUGUGUUCUAGGGAAUUGAAAAGAUAUGGUUAAGUUAGAAUGUAUUCAUGGUUUUACUGAAUUUCCUCAGUAAAGGAAGUAUUUGAAGUUGAUAUUCAUGGGUAACUUUUACAUACAUUAGGAUUGUGUGUAUGAUCUACAUUUCCAUGAUAUCUGAGGACUGUAGGACAUUUGCUGACCCUGGUGAUGAGUGGUCCUUAGGAGGCUGUCUGCCAGUUCUGUUAACAAUGCUGGGGGAAAAUGUGAGCACUGCUCACACAGUUCGAGUGCUUGACAACUGAGCAACAAGAUGCUUGCUGUCCGUGUCUCAUCACCUACUGUGCAAAUCUAGCACCUGACAGCAAAACUGAUGGAAAUGAUUAUACCUGAUGGCAUAAUCAACAUAAAGGAGUGGAAGUAAUUUUCUUUGGUGGCCUACAUUUGUUUUCCUUUAAUGGCAUCUGUGUGAGACAGAUUAUACAUACUAAAAUGGUCAGUGUUCAGUAUUCCUUCGGUUUGCUUAUGUGGAGCCAAAACAACAAGACCUCAGUUUUGAAACUUGACAAGUCAAAUGUUGGGCCCCUGAAUUGUGUGUAUGAAAUGCUGUGCCGUAUUUCUUGACUCUGCCUAGGUGCCACUAUAUAUAAGGAAGGACAGCUGUGCUGUUCUUCUCAGCAUUGCCUUCAGCUGGACAUCUGGAAACAGUUCACAGUAGGCCUUUCAGCAGUUUGCAGACUGAAGUUCCUGCAGAAGCCAUAGUUAGUCACCAAAAGGCUCAGACCCAGGUACACGGUGUCAUGGAAAUCCCUUAGUACAAGCCAAGCACAGAAAUCCACAUGUCCUUUAUUUGAAAUGACAUUUACAGGUGCAGCUUUGAGUUUUCUGAGCAGAAUUCCAAAUAAUUUACUGUUGUACCCACCAGAAUCUAGACCAUGAAUUAAAAUACAUGUUUCUGCAA